CUCACGAACUGUGAGAUUAUGACCUGAGCCGAAGCCUGACGCUUAACCAACUGAGAGACCCAGGUGCCCCUAGAGCUAAUAAUUUUACAGCCACAGUGCCGCAUAUUCAAGACUCCCAUUCCUGAAGAAUAAUUUUUUUAAUGUUAAAACCCAUGACAAUGCAAUAAACAGAAAAUAAAAUAAAAACCGUCUUCACCAAUCACCCCCUAAAGUAAGAUGUCUCGUUUAGAAGCUAAAAAGCCAUCGUUGUGUAAAAGUGAACCACUGACAAGUGAGAGAGUCAGGGCCACACUUUGUGUCUUGAAAGGCAUCCUAACAUCGAGCUAUGGCCCUUCAGGUAGGCUGAAGCAGCUGCACAACGGCCUCGGGGGCUGUGUGUGCACAACCUCACAGUCGUCUGCCCUGCUCUCUAACCUUUCCGUCACCCAUCCCGUCUUAAAGAUCCUGACCACAUCCGUGCAGAAUCAUGUGUCAUGCUUCAGUGACUGUGGCUUAUUCACAGCCAUUCUUUGCUGCAAUCUGAUUGAAAAUGUUCAGAAAAUAGGCUUGACACCCACCACAGUUAUCAAAUUAAAUAAGCAUCUUUUGAGCCUCUGCACCAGCUACCUCCAGUCUGAAUUCUGUGGUUGUCGAAUUCUAGUCGACUUCAGUAGUACUCAGAUCCUCCUUUGCCUGGUGCGGAGUAUAGUAACAAGUAAACCUGCCUGCAUGCUCACCAGACAGGAAAUAGACCAUAUCAGUGCUUUGAUUCUGAGAGCCUUUUUGCUGACGAUUCCAGAAAACACCAAAGACCGCCUCGUUUUAGGAAAGAGUAUAAUUGUGCCUUUAAAAGGACAAAGAGUUAUAGAUUCUACUGUAUUACCUGGAAUACUUCUUGAAAUAUCAGAAGUUCAACUGAUGAAGAUCUUACCUAUCAAAAAGUCAGACCCCUUCAAGGUGGCACUCUUCUGUGCAUCUUUAUCUGGAGAUCUCUCUGAUACUGGAGAAGGAACUGUAGUGGUUAGUUCUGGGGUUUCUCUUGAAAAUGCAGUCCUGGACCAGUUACUUAGCCUAGGAAGGCAGCUAGUUAGUGAUCACAUAGAUCUAGUCCUAUGCCAGAAAGUCAUGCACCCGUCUUUGAAACAGUUUCUCAGUACACAUCACGUGAUUGCUAUAGACAGAGUUGGAGCGGCUCUCAUGGAAGCCCUGAGUAAAGUGACAGGAACACAGCCUAUUGGUUCCCUAGGCGCGAUCUCUCCUAGUAGUUAUGGAAGUGUAAAAGAUUUGUGCACUGAAAAAUUUGGCUUCAAACAUUUUCUUCAUCUUCUUCCUAAUGAAGCAACUAUCUGCAGCUUGCUGCUCUGCAACAGAAAUGACACGGCCUGGGAUGAGCUGAGGCUCACAUGUCAAACAGCACUGCAUGUUUUGCAGUUAACAAUCAAGGAACCGAGUGUUCUGUUGGGAGGCGGCUGUACUGAAACUCAUUUGGCAGCAUAUAUCAGACACAAGAUUUGUGACGAGCCUGAAAGCAUUCUCAAAGAUGACAGAUGUACUCAGACAGAACUUCACCUCCUCACGGAAGCAUUCUGCAGUGCGCUGGAAUCUGUUGCUGGCUCUCUCGAGCAUGAUGGAGGUGAAAUUCUUACUGACAUGAAGUAUGGACACUUUUGGACUGCUCAGCCAGAGUCUCCCUCUGUUGUCAACUGGUCAGAUUUGCUUUCAAGAUGUGGCUGUGGGCUAUACACGAGCCAGGAAGAACUCCACUGGUCUUUCUUAAAGACUACUCAUCCUCCCUUUGCACCACAAACCUGCCUUCCACAUGAAGCUGUGGGCUCAGCCAACAACCUGACCUUGGACUGCUUUACUGCUAAGCUUAGCAGCCUGCAGGUGGCUGUGGAGACAGCCAACUUGAUUUUGGAUCUUUCAUAUAUCAUUGAAGAUAAAAACUGAUAGAAUAGCAUGCUUAUAUUACAAAAACCAACAAAAAACCUAGUCAGGUAGUCAGUUAAGGAAAAUAUUGAGCAUAUUUUUUUCUCUCCAAACGCCUCUUCUGCAUAUUUGGAUAGAUUAUUCAUAAAACUAUAGAUUUAUAAGGAAAAAAGUAUGAUUCUCAAAGAGAAAUACCAUAGAUCAUUAAAAACAUGAAGAUUAUUAAAGAUAUUAUAAUUAUCUUAGGGGUUCCACAGAUGCCACUAUAUGUGUUCUAAAUUUUUGUUGUGACAUCAUUCUAAAAAUGCACAGAAAUAAAAUGCUUCCUAAUCUA